GGGCUCCAGUUCGCGGAAGGAGGAGUGAAUUGUAUUGAAGGAGCGCUUCUGCAUUGGUCGAGUAUAAAACUGCACGAAACUUUUGACAUGUUUUAAAGAUGCACAAGAUGUUAAAGAUUGUUCUGAGGUAGCAGUGUGAAUGAAUGUUGUUUACUGAAUGUAGUAUUUUGCAGCUUUGUGUCGAGCGCCAACGGUUUCUCGUAAAUGGCGCGAAAACUGAUGUUAUUUUCUGUGAGUACAGCAUUUAAUCCACACAUAAGAAAAACAUGAAAAUGUCUAUCAGUGAUGUAUUCCAAAAUAAUCCAUGUGAUGAAGUCUGGUUCCCAAACAAGCAGGAGAAACUCCAGGUUUGACAGUCGAGAUAGACUGUGGUGAAGAUGGAGUUUGUUAAAGAGGAGAGUGAUGCAGAAACAUGUGGAGAGAAAGAGGAAGAAACUGAGGAACAGAGAGACCUCGUGGAAGUGAAAGAGGAAAGUGAAGAACUGAAUGAAGGGGAGGAGAAACGGCAGAAUCAGGAACCUCAGUGUUUCAUAAGUGGAGAGAAAUCUCUUAGUUUCUCUCAGAGUGAAAGUAAUUCCUCGCCAGAGACAACAGAGCCCAAUAGUUCUUUCAUGUGUCCUCAGUGUGGAAAGAGCUUUACUUGUAAAAGAGAUCUUAAGAGGCACAUAAGGAUUCACACCGGAGAGAAACCGUUCCUGUGCUCUCAGUGCGAAAAGAGUUUCGCAAAUUCAGGAGAUCUGAAGAGACACUUAAGAAUUCACUCCGGAGAGAAGCCUUUCUCCUGCCCUCAGUGCACAAAGAGCUUCACGCAGAAGGAAGGACUGAAGGAGCACAUGAAAAUACACUCCGGAGAGAAACCUUUUGCAUGCAUGUUGUGCGGGAAGAGUUUCACACAUCAAAACAGCUUAAAAAGACACAUGAAGGUCCAUUCAGGAGAGAAGCUACACCAGUGUCCUGAAUGCGGCAGGAGGUUUUCAGAGGCCUGCAAUCUCAAAACUCACCUGCUCUCUCACACCGGAGAAAGACCCUUUCACUGUCAGCGCUGCGACAAGAAGUUUUUCCUGGCGGUGCACCUCAAAACACACAUGAGGAUCCACGAGGACGAGCGGCGAUACGUGUGUUCAUUCUGCGGGAAGAGCUUUCUGUGGCUUAAUGGGUUUAAAGACCAUCAGAAAAUACAUACUGGUGAGAAACCCUACGAGUGUCAGGACUGUGGAAGUACUUUCACUAGAGCCGGUGAACUGAAAGUGCAUGAACGGGUCCACACCGGAGAGAAACCCUACAAGUGUUCCCACUGUGAGAAGAGCUUCACAGUGUCAGGAGCCCUUAAAGUGCAUGAGAGGGUUCACACCGGAGAGAAACCGUACCUCUGUCCGUCCUGCGGGAAGACGUUCAGCCGAUAUGGGAAUCUAGGGAAGCAUUUAAAAAAGGCUUGUCCAAAGCUGAGACAGUGAGGAGGUUCAGCUCCAGGUUUAGGCUCGUCCUUGUGAAUUAAACACUGAUGGGAGAGUUUGAACAUACAGCAAAUGUUUGCUAUGACUUGCCAAUCAACUAACAUUAUCGUUAUGAAAGUACUGAAAAGAACCUAACACAUUUACAUGCACAAACCUGAGAAUCGGAAUAUCAACUAUUUUACAAUCUAGGAAUACUUCACCCUGAAACAAAAAAUAUAACAGUGAAACUGAAGGAGCAGUGCAAACUGUGCAAACAGAUGAUAAAACAUCACAAUAAUCCACAGCACUCCAGUCCAUCAGUGAACAUCUGGAGAAGACAAAACCUGAAACACAUCCAGCAUUAAGAUGAUUUUUAACUAAAAUAUGAGUCAAUAAUCCAUAAUAACACUUCCUCCAGUAAAAAAGUGCAUCUCCUGUUGUCUCUCACAUCAAAAUCCAGCAGGAUUUUUGGUUUGUUUGUAGCUGUUUUAGCUAAUAAUAAUUUUGCACUGACUACCAAUGGAUGCUCGCAUAAAAUUCAAGGUAUUAAUGUUUGCCAGCAGAACAACCACUGGCUCUGUAACCAUAUACAGGCCUCCAGACAAACAAAUCAAUCAAGAAGCUAUUGGCUCCUAUUAGAAAAAAGUUAUAUUUUAGGUGCCACAGAAUAAAUGUUUUAUUUAUUUAUACUUUAACACAGUGAUCUGGCUCGCGAGAUCCAGUUUCCUGCAGAGUUUAGCUUCGACUCCAAUUAAACACACCUGCCUGUGAUUUUCUAAUCAUCCUGAAGACACUGAUUAGCAAACUCAUGCGUGUUUGAUUAGGGUUAGAGCUAAACUUCGCAGGAAAGUGGAUCUCGCGAGCCAGAUUUGAGGAUCACUGCUUUAACAUUUCAGUCAUACUGUCAUGUGUUUGUUUCUCACUUUUUUAUUAGCAUUUCAAUCCAUCUUGUAGAUGUCCUGGGAACUACAGGGGUGUAUUCCAGUAAGCAAGGUUAACUUACCUUGAACUAAAACCUGAACUCUCGGUUGGUUAACCCCAAGGCUUGCUUACUCGAGUUAUGUGGUUCCAAUAAACGCGCCUGGGAGUAAGUUCAUCAGAGUAUGUUCCUGGUAAAGACUCAAGACAUUCUCAACAGAGCGACGAGUCACUAUAGAAACGGACGCUUAGAAAAUGCGCGCCAAGCUGUUUCUUUCUUCUUCUUUUGUUCAUUAGUUGUUUACAUGCUUAGUGCAUAUCGCCACCUAACUGAUGGCUUUACAAUCAUUUUAAUUUUUUCCCAUUUAAUCCUUAAUCCUUGAGAAUGUGAUUUAUAUUGUUUGUUUCAUGCCAAUUAUAUAUUAAAUCAUGUCAGAAAUUUAUUUUUGAUUUAGAAUUUAGACAUUAUAGAAAAUGCCGCUCCAUAUAACAUGUAAUAAAUUUAAAUAAAUAAAUAUAUAUAAGUUAAACAUUACCUUGUCAUAGUGUUUUAUAAUUUAUAAAGAUAGCUCUUAUAAAUGCCAAUAAAAUAAAUAAUCAUAUUAGAAUAAUAUAUUACCUUAUUUAUUACUUAUAUUAGCGCUCCCUCAUUAACAUAUCACAUAUAAUAGGCUAUAUUACAUAUUGUAAUAUUCUAUAAUGUUGUGCGCUAUCUGAAGGCUCGCUGAAGUGAACUAACCCUGGAACAUAACCUGCUCCAGAGCAGGUUAAGUUCAGAGUGUGAGUUGCUAUGACAACUUACAUACCCUGAAAGUUACCUCCUUUUUUGGAACCGAAAGUUGAGGUUAUCCACAUACUUACUCUUAAACAUACCCGGGUAUGUCACAUAACCUGCUUUCUGGAAUACCCCCCAGGUUCACUUAAACUGGGAACUAAACAUCUUUUCCAGUCUCAGAACUUUAUACAGUCACAAAAACAUUUCUAUUACACAGAAUCUGUGGUGAUAUCACUGACCAUAAUAUCAGCAUCACUUGGCCAUUGAGUGUAGUUUGGGUCCUCCGCAGUGCAAUGGUUUGAAACAUCCCGGAUGUUUUUCUUCAUUAGUAACUUUCAAUUUUAUAGGAGAUCUUGAAUUUUAUUUUUAGCUACAUGCAUUCUCUUAUCAUGUAGACAACAGGUUAAGUAUAAAAUAUGAAUAUGCAAAACAGUGCAUAUAUUUAGCAAAAUGCUCCUCUUACAGUACAGUGUACACGCGUCGUAGCCAAGUUUAUUAGAUCCAUGUUGCACAGUGUGACAUACAGCGAUCUUAUAGGAUUGCUAAAAUAGUGCAGUGUAUCUCAGGCUUUAGUCACGGUUUUGGAGCCCUGCAUUGACCCAAAUUCUGACUUCAGACUUAAGUGCCUCUAGAAGAUUGUGUUCUGCAAGUAAUUGUCGCAUUAUUGUUCAUCCCAAAGAGGCACAGAAUCACUUUCACAGAAUUUAACAUGAACUAUUCCCUCCUGGUGGUCCUUCACCAUCUUCAAGAAACGGCUAAAGAUACAGUACGCCUCACACUAGCACACCCCAUUCUAUUUAUAUUUUAACUCCUUUUUUAUUUAUUAAAAACAAACCUUGACCCUCUAACACUAGCAUUCUCUAUUCCAUCUACUCUUAGUACUGUGUUGGUCUAACUGGCACGUGUAAUAGCGCUCAUGUAUUAUUGCUCUUAUGUUGGACUGAUUGAUUCUGUUGUCCUCAUUUGUAAGUCGCUUUGAAUAAAAAUGUCGGCUAGAUGACUACAUGUAAUGUAAAUGGUGCUUAGCAGUCUAGAUUACUUUUUUACUGGAGGAUGUUUUGUAUUAUGGACUGAUAUUUGAGUUAAAAAUAAGUUAAUUGAUGGAUGGGAGUGCUGUGGAUUAUUGUGAUGUUUUUAUCAGCUGUUUGGACUCUCAUUCUGACGGCACCCAUUCACUGCAGAGCAGCCAUUAAUGAGACACUGAUGCAAUGCUAUAUUUCUACAAACCUGAUGAAGAAACAAACUCACCCUGAUCUUGUAUGACCUGAGGGUGAACACAUUUUCAGCUAAUUUCUAUUUUUAGGUGAACUAUUCCUUUGAAAAAAGAAAUAAAACCCAUACAGCGGUCAUCAGAAAGUGUCACUUGACUGAUUGAUGCUUCACUAGGGAAUUAGGAAUGUGAUUCGUUCUAUAGUCUAUCUAUAAUACUGCUUUCAGAUCUUAAUAGUGAUGAGUAGAGGCCCUCAUAAAGGUAAUGUGUGACAAAAUUGGUUUUAAAAGUUUAACCAGUUGAGGUUAUGUGUAAGGCAGAUGUGGAGUUAGAUGCCUGUACCACAACACAUAUGCACACUCUGAAUGUGAAAUAAAACCAGGCACAGACUGUGUGGACAUAGGACUCUGUUUUCCCCAAAGACCGACACUGAAGAAGUGGAUUUAAAAUAUCAACAGAGAAAAAAUUGUGUGCAGAGAAAAGUGUGUCUGUAGUACUUUAUCAUUAUACAUGGUACAAUAAAACAAAGGCAAGGAUGGGAGUUGCUCAUCUUACAUAGGCUAUUGUCUUACAAUACAUCUUACUUGCAAUGCCAUGCAGCGCUUUAAAAAUCAACAAAACUUUAAAUUAAAUUCUAAAAUGUAUAGGUAACCAGUAUAUGUAUACAUCCAAUCUGAGAACUCGUUAUUUUGAAUGUGAGAAAAUUCAACACGCAAUAUGGCAGAGUAACUCCUGCCUUCUAAAUAAAAGAUUCAAUGCCCAGUUGGUAAACUCAUAGCGUCACUACAGAUGCCCCAGUUUCCAACAGUUGGCAGUGUCCGGACUCAUGAUUGCAUGUGUGUAUUGACUGGACCAGCCUGACAUAUACUCUAUUAAUGCUGUUAACGAUAAGAAACAACACAGGUCAUGUCUGAUUUUGUUGCUUAUUUAAAAUAUGUGAUUUAAAUGUGAGGUUGGGAAUCAAACUGAAGUAGAUGGGACUUGGUCUUGUAUGCCUGAAAUAGCUGCUUGAGGACAUCGCAAAUGACUGUAAACACACACACAUUCUAAUCUAAUCAUGAUCAGUAAGAUGAAGCAUAAACGGCUGAUUAAAUUUUUAAGCACAAUCACAGUCACAAAUAUUGGAUCCAAUAUAGUGUAUAACACUAAAUAUGUAACAGUACCAGCCUGGGGAUGCUUGUGUGACUAGAUAAUAUGCUUACAAAUCCAAGGCUUUGGCUUUAUUUUGGAUGUUGUAACUUUUACAAUCAAACUGUUAAGUCUGAUUCAGAUGAAAGAUCAUUUGUUUCAUCAACCAAUAAAUGAAUAUGCAUAUCCCUUA